GGGAGGGACGGAGGGAGGGGAGGUGAUAGAGACAGAUGAGUUUGUGGCACUCUUGAGAUGCAGCCGUGUUUGGAUCUAGCUUAAGAAAAAAGACUUGAAAGUGCACACCUGCAUUUAGUUCAUCCAGAAGUGUCUCUGAGCUGCUGGCUGACAUUAUGACUGAAGAAAAUGAGAGCGUUUAUUUGAACAAGUCACUGACCGAUAUGGAGCUCUUCCAGAACCUGGUGGACAUAGACGUGACUGCAGACCGGACCCCGCUUCUGAGAUUCUUUAUUUGUCUGGUGUAUUCGGUCGUUUGCGCUGCGGGUCUGGUCGGCAACCUGCUGGUCCUCUUCUUCAUCAGGGUCAAACAAGACAGGAAGAAGUCCAGAGUAAACUUUUUCGUGUUCAAUUUGGCCGUUACGGACCUGCAGUUUGUUCUCACCCUGCCCUUCUGGGCUGUGGACACCGCGCUGGACUUCAGCUGGCCUUUUGGAUACGCCAUGUGCAAAAUCAUCCUGUCCGUCACCGUGAUGAACAUGUACGCCAGCGUGUUUUUCCUCACCGCCAUGAGCGUGACCCGCUACUGGUCGGUCGCUUCUGCCCUGAAGAACAGAACCGCGCAGAGGUCGUGCUCCGCCAAAUGGGUCUGCGCAAUUAUUUGGACACUGGCGACUCUGGCGACUGCGCCCACGUCGAUUUUCUCAACUGUCACCAGCGUAACUGGAGAAAAACUGUGUCUGCUGAGGUUUCCAGGUGGACAGUACUGGUUGGCACUCUACCACAUACAAAAAAUCGUCGUAGGCUUUGUUUUGCCCAUGUCAAUCGUGUCCAUCAGCUACAUCAUGCUGCUGCGCUUCAUCCGCAAACGGAGUAUGAAAACCAGCAACCCCAAACGCAGAUCCCAAGUUACAAAAUCUAUCACCAUCGUCGUGCUGUGCUUCUUUCUUUGUUGGAUGCCAAAUCAUGCCAUGACCUUGUGGAGCGUACUGGUCAAACUGAACGCUGCAAACUGGGACAAUGCGUACUACACGGUUCAUACUUAUGUGUUCCCACUGACCGUGUGUCUGGCGCACACCAACAGCUGCCUCAACCCAAUUAUUUACUGCCUAAUGAGAAAGGAGUUUAGGACCAAACUGAGAGGUCUGAUACACAGAGGAUAGUGGGUGUUUUGUCGAGUCCUGCCGAUGAAUUUACGCAGCGCGAAAGGUGUUGGCAGACAAUGACGCGCGUAAUGCGCAGGCAGAAAACGAGCCAAAACACCCAGAAUGAGCAAUCAGGCCGAGCAACAUCGUGUCAAGACACAGUUCAGCACAUGAAGAAAAAAAAAGAAACUUUUAAUUUUGAUGAGUGCUUCUUGAUUUUAAAGUUUGCGUAAUGUGGCUGAAUCAUUUAGCUUGUAGGGCUGGGCUUUGUAGAAUCACCUAUUUUGUGUAAAAACUAGUCCAAAUAUGAACAUUGUGGCACAACAGCUGUUCACCAAAAUCAUCUAUGAUGUUUGUGAGUGUCUGUAGUUCAAAGUCCGCGCGUAAUUGCGCAUGACAAUACGCUUAGGUGUGCUGGUGCUGUUACUGCACAGUGAGUGGCUGAACGCCUUUUACAUCCUUCGGUGAAUGUCUUGGCAAAUACUGUUAACAGCGUACACACAACCGCACUUAAAGGCUUCACCGGCUUGAAGCAAAGAGAUGAAAGUUGCAGGUCACGUGUUUUCUUUUCUUUUUUUAGACAUCAAUCAUUUACAGGUGCAAAGAGACAAAAGACAAACUGAAAUAUGAUUGUUGUAAAUACCGACAAAAAUGUAUCUACUCUGUGUGUGUGUGUGAUAAUAAAACUGUUCUCCAGUUGUCACGUGAGUCGGUUGUCCUCACAACUAAUGAAACGGGUGAUCUGAUUAGCAGGUGUUUACCGGUUUGACUCAUGAGCAGCUGAUGUGACGGUGAACAGAACAUGAAAACAGAACUGCCGCCCGUCUCCUCACUGCUUAAUGAGAUGCAGACGGAAGCUGGUGAUCUCAAAUUAAGCGACUCUGUAAUGGCUUUCCGUCCUCACUUACUCAUCAGAUGAAAAGAAGGGCCACUCAUUGAGUAGGUGUCAGGUAAAUACAAGUAACACAUUCGUAUCAGAGAUUAGGGUCUGUUUUUGGAUGAACACUGGUCAGCUGUUGACUGAAUUGAACUAAAUGUAAAAUGUCGAAUUAAAAAGAGGGAGACAAGUUUGCGUAUAUACUUUUUUUUUUUUUUUUUUUAAACAGUAGCUAAGCUUUCCUAGAUAUUUCUGUUCUAUUAAAAAGCCAGAAAUGCAACACGUGAUCCUCUAAAUAGAAAUAUUUGUCACUCACUGUGCUUUUAAGAAAGCGAGCUCGUUACUGUAUGCAUUAUUCAUCCUUUAAAGUGCAGAAAUGUUUUUUAAAGUAAUAUAUGCAUACAUACAAAUGAAACUACCUUAAAAAUUAGAAACUGUUCAUUUCUUUGUAAGUGAGCAAACUUCAACAAAAUCAGGAGGGGAUCAAAUAAAUAAUUGUUUUCAUAAACAACCCAG